GAUCCGUUGUGGGCGGGGUUAUGCGCGAAUAGGUAGGCAGGCACGCGCAUGCGCGCCAUUCUCCCGUUACCCGGAGACGGCGCCGAACGGAAUUUCAGCGCUGAGAUAACCGCAUACAACCGGGAACCCAGCGAUCGGGAGGGCCGAGCGAUGCCCCGGAGGAAGAGGAAUGCUGGAAGCAGUUCGGAUGGGACAGAAGAUUCCGAUGUCUCUACAGACAUGGAGCACACAGACAGUUCUGAAAGUGACGCCAACUCCCGAGGUCCUGCACGCAUCACACGGUCCACAGCCAGGCUCAGCCAGAGCUCCCAAGAUUCCAGCCCGGUUGGCAAUCUGCAAUCGUUUGGUGCAGAGGAGCCGGCCUACUCCACUCGGAGAGUGACCCGCAGCCAGCAGCAGCCCACCCCCGUGACUCCGAAAAAAUACCCGCUCCGACAGACCCGCUCAUCGGGAUCGGAUACCGAGCAGGCGGUGGACUUUUGUGACAGAGAUGCUAAAAAUGCCGGGGAUCAUGACGAAUCCCCACCGCGCACUCCUACCGGGAACGCACCAUCAUCGGAAUCUGAUAUAGACAUUUCAAGCCCCAACGUAUCUCAUGAUGAGAGCAUCGCAAAGGACUUGUCCAUGAAGGACUCCGGCAGUGACCUUUCACACAGACCCAAGCGAAGACGGUUCCAUGAAAGCUACAACUUCAAUAUGAAGUGUCCCACCCCCGGCUGCAACUCUCUAGGACACCUCACUGGAAAACACGAGAGGCACUUCUCCAUCUCCGGCUGCCCUCUCUACCACAACCUCUCUGCGGACGAGUGCAAGAAUUGUGAUGAAUUUCAGGUAAGAGGACAGAGUCGCGACAAACAGGUCGAAGACCGAUUGCUGUCGCACAGGCAGGAUGAGAAUAACAGGCAUGCUACACGGCACCAGGCUCCCACUGAACGUCAGCUCCGGUAUAAAGAAAAGGUCACUGAAAUGCGAAAGAAACGCAACUCUGGCUUAACCAAAGAACAGAAGGAGAAGUAUAUGGAACAUAGACAGACAUAUGGCAAUACACGGGAGCCACUUUUAGAGAACCUUACUAGCGAAUAUGAUCUCGAGCUUUUCCGAAGGGCCCAGGCCAGAGCUUCUGAAGACUUGGAGAAACUUCGGUUGCAGGGUCAGAUCACAGAAGGAAGCAACAUGAUAAAGACAAUAGUGUUCGGCCGAUACGAGUUGGACACCUGGUAUCACUCGCCGUACCCUGAAGAGUACGCCAGGCUAGGGCGGCUCUACAUGUGUGAGUUCUGUCUCAAGUACAUGAAGAGUCAAACCAUCCUGCGCAGGCAUAUGGCGAAAUGUGUCUGGAAGCAUCCCCCUGGAGACGAGAUCUACCGCAAAGGAUCCAUCUCUGUUUUUGAAGUAGACGGCAAGAAGAACAAGAUUUACUGCCAGAACCUGUGCCUCCUCGCCAAGCUUUUCUUGGACCACAAAACCCUUUAUUACGAUGUGGAACCUUUUCUUUUUUAUGUCAUGACUGAGGCGGACAACACCGGUUGCCACCUCAUAGGCUAUUUCUCAAAGGAAAAGAAUUCCUUUCUGAACUACAAUGUGUCAUGUAUCCUGACUAUGCCACAGUACAUGAGACAGGGUUAUGGGAAGAUGCUGAUAGAUUUCAGCUACUUACUAUCCAAGGUGGAGGAGAAGGUGGGAUCUCCAGAGCGCCCCCUCUCUGACCUAGGACUAAUAAGCUACCGUAGUUACUGGAAGGAGGUUCUGUUACGAUACUUGCACACUUUCCAGGGCAAGGAAAUCUCUAUCAAAGAAAUAAGCCAGGAGACUGCUGUGAAUCCUGUCGAUAUUGUAAGCACCCUGCAGGCCUUACAGAUGCUAAAAUACUGGAAGGGAAAGCAUCUUGUACUAAAGAGACAGGAUUUGAUUGAUGAAUGGGCAUUAAAAGAAGCCAAAAGAAGCAACAGCAAUAAGACAAUGGACCCGAGCUGCCUGAAAUGGACACCUCCCAAAGGAACAUGAACUUUUUUAAUAUUCCAGCCCCACAAUCUGCAGUCUCCUCCGUCACCUUAUAUGUAUCAUAUAUAAAAUGACAGCUCCUUCUGGUUUAUUCCACCAAACUCUUCUACCUAUGGUAACCCACACUCCAUCCAUGGGGUCACUUCUAGCUUUUCUCAUCAGACCAGUAUCCGCAGAUUCAGUCGAUCAGAUGGCUCUGUGAUGUACAAGAUCAUUCAGAUUUUUUUUAUUCACUUCCACUUAGGAUAAGAGAAAGUGUUGUCUUGGAACCACCAAGUAUCAUUUUUAAUGUCUAAAUCUUCAUAAUUUUCCAGAAUGAAAGGAUAACUGAUAAGCGAUUGUUAGCUUUGUAUGUUAUUAAUUCUGAGUUUGGUACAGUGUACACAUGCAGUAAAACAGGCACUAUAGUCAAUGAAUAGCGUACCCGGCGAUAU